CAACUCAUAACAAUAUUUCAAGAGUUCAAUAAAAUCCGAUAUUUGAAAGCAUGACAUUUGAGAAAGAUCUUAACCUUGAUGCAAACGAGCUCCGAUUAGGCCUGCCAGGCACGUCGGAGUAGUCGAAGAAGCAAGCUUCCACAACCCUUAAGAUCAGUAACAAAAGAGCCUUACCUGAUAUGAAUGAAGAGUCUAGUGUUGAAGCUGCUAGAAAGAGUGAUCAAGAAACAGCUCCACCCAACAACUAAGCAAAUGGAAAAGGCACAAGUCGUCGGGUGGCCGCCAAUCCUAUCUUACCGGAAAAACAGCCUCCAAACGAAGAAAACCCAGGCGGAAACAUGUGGGAUGUACGUCAAAGUUAGCAUGGAUGGAGCUCCUUAUCUUAGGAAGAUAGAUUUGAAGAUGUACAAGGGAUACCCAGAAUUACUUAAGGCUAUGGAGGGCAUGUUCAAGUUCAAAGUUGGAAAAUAUUCAGAAAGGGAAGGAUACAAUGGAUCAGAAUUUAUGCCUACUUAUGAAGAUAAAGAUGGUGAUUGGAUGUUGGUUGGAGAUUACCAUGGGAGUAAGUCCUUGAACCUACGUACGUAUGUACAUACGUACGUAUGUAUGUAUAUAUGUAUGUAUGUAUGUAUAUUCAUAUGUACGUACGUAUAUAUGUACAUACGUAAGUACGUAGGUAUUGAGAAUUUCAAAGAAAAAAAACCAUUUUUUCGUGUAUAGUUCGAAAAUCGGCAUGUUUUAUUUUUUUCUGGAACUUGUACAAAGGAAAAUGUAUGAGAUGCAUAAGAUUUUCCCCUUUUUUUUCCCAUGUAUCAUGUGACAAGGAAAUUUUAUAUUAUCGAUUUAAAAGAUAAAUCGAAUAUCAUUUUG